UUCCCUGGCAUAUGCCUGUCUGUUUUAAAAGGCGCUUCCCAAUCGGAUAGUUAUCGGUGUUCCGUAAUCCGUAAGACUUCUUUUAUUAUAACUUUAAAAAUGGCCAGUCAAGGCCCAUCACCGCAUUCACCCAAAGCGCGUUUCAACCGUUGGAUUAAUAAGCCUUGGAAAUCCCUCUCACUUCUCCCGCGACAGCGCAGCAAGGAGACUCUCCGAGCAGAUAUCUCCGCUACUGCUCUAGGAACCAUCGCCGACGACAGCAACUGCCGCCAAAUCUUGGGGAGAAACCUGCAGCCAGCUGUUUACGAAUUCGCUACGGGACAGUUCUCUCUGGGCUUUAUAUGCGACGUGGACUGGCCGCGACGGCGCGUCUUCGUAGAUUUCGCCUGUCACAACCGCCCACCUCAGUGGCUGCCUGCCGGGAGCGUCCGCUGGCACAAGCCAGUAAUAACAUGCGAAAUCCUUCCCGGGGAGCCGGUCGUAGUUGCGCUGCGACCGAGCUCCGACCAACCGUACGUAUUCCAACCGGCGCAAAUUAUUUUUCCCGCGGCUAGGGAUAACAACGGCAAUUUCGGUCCAAUAUGUGUGGAAACAACUUGCCCGGACAGCGUUUAUCCUAUUCGGAAAUUCGUUCAUGCAGUCCAGGUGCGCGUUGUGGCGGAUUAUCCAGAACAAUGCCAUGAAUCCGACGAGCCGCUUUCCGUUGUAGAGUAUUGCCGUCUGCUGCAGAAGCAAACUGCGCCUCUCGAGUGGUGCCCGGAUGCGGCAAAUAUUGAUUUGCGGUACUUGUUGCGGGCUUAUAACGAAAUUUCCUGGAUAAAAGUUGUGCGGAUAUGGCUGGACACCAAAGGCAUCCACUGUGUCUACACAACAAGCAAGCCGGGCUUUUUUGAUGAGCCGCCCCUUGAAUAUCUGGUCCUCAGGUCCAAGUGGCUUCAUGCUGUUCAGCUCGGAUCACUUCUGGAUUCCAACAAUACUGGCGCUAACAGAGACCGCUCUGUGUCUCUGGGAAUGCUGCCUUUUGACUUGCACAAGCUGACCCUGUUGGAAAUCCUAGAUAUUCACAGCAUCGUCAGCGCUCAAAAAGUUUGUAAGGCCUGGUACGACAUUUUAACCGGUCGCCGUGACAACCAGCACGUAGCUGUCGACCUGACCAACCCACUACCCGAUGACCCAUUUAACCAGGAGCGGAAAUACAGUCGCUUUCAUCUACUGAACGUUCUCGACAAGGUUGUGACGAAGGCCACCGUCUCGCUGACGCUUAUGAACGGCAGUCUGACCCCGGAACUGGAUAUCUAUCUCUGUCAGUUUCUGUCCAUCAAGGUCCCGCGGUUGGCGAGGAUCUUUUUGAAAAAUAUUCGUUGCUUCGGCGCCGUUACACAGAACAACGAGAAGCAACGCGUGGAAUGGACGACUCUGAGUUACUUGAUGCAAGCUUGCCAAGUGAUGCAUUUGCGUAACGUCACGAUUCCAAAAAUCUUCGCACCGAUCGCCGGGUUGUGGUGUGCGCCGGCUGGCUUCCGCGAGGACGUCGGUGUCGUCGUGAAAAAAGCCACGCUGCACUGCACGCAAAGGGAAACCGAUCGCUUGGGUCGUUUUUUGCAGGUUUUGAACACCGGCUGUCCUGAAUUGUCCACGAGGGAAAUAACCGACAUUAACGAAGCCUGCCAUAAGAUAAUCAUUCACCCCGAGCAUCCGUUACACAGCCGGCUGUUGCUCAUGCUUACCUUAUAUUUGAGCGAGCUGCUUAUCUUCAGGCUGAAUGAACCGGUAACCGGGAAACUACGGCCGCCGUUGUGCAGACUCGCCGCCCACGCCUUCCGCUACUCGUAUCUCGUGGCGACAUCCUCUAUUUGCAAAACCGACAGAUGAUUCGUAAAGUACACCGUAUGUUUAAAACGGAAGAGCGUCUUUCCACCACGGCGUGCAAAGGUCACAGAACAUGUGCUUUGGGGGGCGUGUGCCAACGAACUGUACAGAUACAUGCAGUGGAAUUCUCGAAACUGAUUAAUUUUCGGAUUUCUUUAUAUAUGUCUGCUGAAUCAUAGUAAAACCUGCGAAGGUAGGUCACGGGCGAUUACGAAAACAACACUUGAAAAGAUGAUUGCCAUCGCAGUUCCGUUGCCUUGUUAUCCAGUCGUCUUAUCGGGCAAGGAAUAAAUUAGUAUAACGCUUGGCUCAAUGGUGUACUUGUCUUGUACUGGAGUAUGUUAGGUAAUUCAGUAUCAAAAAUACCCUGCAACAUGUAUUUAGUAAUCUCCUGACUGUUGGGAGAUUUGUUUAGGAAGAUCCUGUGACGUAAGAGAGAGGACUGAUCGCAAAAAAAAUCGAGAAAUUGUGUUUUAUUGUUUGCUUGUGUUUUUUAUUUUUUGUUACUCCUGUAAGCAGUUUACUCCCGCCUGA